UAUUUGAAAUUAUAAUAGAGCUGUUCAUCAUGGAGUAAACUUCCUUCUUUAAUUAGCCAUAGAAAGCCUCAAUUAAGGAUCUUAGGUUAGUAAAAUUAGUUUUAUGAGGCAUGUCUUUCAAAAAAUUGUAUUUAUCAACAAAAUAUUGGAAGUUUUGGCAUCAUAUAAAAAUCCUGCUGUAUGCUUAUCGAACCCGCCAUAUAGUUAACCUUUGGAUAAAAAGUUUUGACUUGUUUGCAAUAAUGAUCACAUAUGGCUAAAAUAAUAAAUAGAUUAUUGUUAUUACUCCAAAUCGUAAUUUUGUCAACAAUCUACAAUAAAGUUAAAGAAUAGCUAAGUUAUGAGACUACAUUAUUAUUCUAAACAAAUCCCGUUGACAACUAUUAACAGGAGAAAUAUUCAAAGUGCUGGAUGGCAAUGCAUUUCUCGUAAAAGCGAAGCAUAAAGGUUUCUUUUAUAGACAGGAUAGAGUUUAUGAUG